AUGCGCAAAAUAUAUAGAGUGCUGGCCAGCCAGUACGACCCGUUAGGGUACCUCAUCCCGUAUACCACUUGCGCCAAGAUCAUUGUACAACACCUGUGGGAUAAAAAACGAGAUUGGGAUGAUCCACACUUGCCUGCAGAUCUGUUACAAACCUGGAUUAAGUGGGAGGAGGAGCUACCAGCCCUACAAAAUAUUGUUCUUCCUCGGUUUUACUGUAGCCCCAUCAAAGACACAGCAACAAGCCUAAGAGACAUUCAUGUUUUCUGUGAUGCCUCCGAACGUGCAUAUGGCUCCGUGGUAUAUCUUCGAACAGAGGGCCAACAUGGGCAAAGAGCUCAACUUGCCAAAGUACUCCAAACCGAGUUGAACCUACCCAUACGCCAAACAAUCUUAUGGACUGACUCUACCACUGUCCUCACAUGGUUACAAUCCGAUUCAUGCCGGUUCAAAGUAUUUGUGGGGACUCGGGUUGCAGAGAUACAGGAUCUCACAGAGAAACACAGCUGGAGAUAUGUACCCUCCACAAGCAAUCCAGCUGAUGACAUCACUCGGGGAAGGAGACUUUGUGAGCUUGGCCCAGAAAGUCACUGGUACCAAGAACCACUCUUCCUGAAAGAUCCACCUAAUCUGUGGCCUGAAUGCCCCACUUCAAAGGAGCUAGACAAUAAUGAACUUCAUAAGGUUGGUACUUGCGCUCUAAUAUGCUUCACAUAUUCUGAUUUCAGUCAGUUUAAGACUCUCGAGGAGCUAAUCGAGUCCAUAGCUCUUCAAGGGUCUACUGAUAGUAAUCCAACAGCUAGUGACUACAGAAGAGCUGAGAUUAGUGUUCUGCAGCAAGCACAGCAGGAAUGUUUUCCAUCAGACUUAGAGCAACUGAGGACUGGUAAACCACUUGCGUGCAACAGCAGACUAAGAGCAUUAGCCCCAGAACUUGAUGGAGAAUCCCAAUUAAUCCGAGUCGGUGGACGUUUACGACAUAGUCCCUACCUGGAGCCCAACAACAUUCAUCCUAUUGUACUGGAUCCAAGACACCCUAUCACAAAACUUAUCAUCCAAAGUUGUGAUUCUAAACUUUGUCAUCCAGGUCCUGAGAGGGUGUUCGCUAAACUCCGCCGUACGUACUGGGUUCUGCGUGGAAGAGAGGCCAUCAAGCGUUUGCAACGAGAGUGUGUGCAGUGUCAGAGAUGGAGGAAGAAACCAGAGGUGCCUAAAAUGGCGGACCUUCCCCCAACAAGACUGCGUCUUUUCAAGCCCGCCUUUUACUCCACUGGCGUGGACUGCUUCGAUCCUUACACUAUCAGAACAGGUCGGCGCAGUGAGAAGAAAUGGGGAAUAAUAUUCAAAUGCCUCACCACUAGAGCAGUAUACAUCGACAUCCUGCACAGUCUGGAAACUGACUCCUUCCUUAUGGCUCUCAGGCGGUUCACAGCUAGACGGGGAAAACCCCAUGAACUUCUGUCAGACCAAGGCGCGAACUUCAGAGGAGGUGAGAGAGAGCUAAGGGAAGCUUUUACAGCUCUUGGCCCAGAUCUGCAGAGACAAUUGGCCAAACAGCAGAUCAAAUUCCAAUUCAAUCCACCAAAUUCACCACACUUUGGAGGCUGUUGGGAGCGAGAAAUUCGCUCUUUGAAAAACGCACUGAUGGUUACUCUAGGAACUCAAUCAGUAACCUUUGAGGUCCUUCAAACCGUGCUGGUAGAGAUUGAGGGAAUUUUGAACUCCAAACCACUGGGAUAUACAUCAUGUAAUGCUUCCGAUCCUGACCCUAUUACUCCAAAUUGUCUUCUAAUGGGGCGGUCGGAUGCAUCACUCCCCCUGACAGUAUACCCACAGUCGGAACUGAUCAGUCGGCGUUGAUGGCGCCACAGUGCAGACCAAUUUUGGAGACAUUACGUCAAAUUCUACCUCCCUGGUCUUCAAGGUUGUCACAAAUGGCAAAGGGAUACUCCAGACAUCCAGGUUGGCACUACGGUGCUGAUCAGUGACCCGCAGCUACCCAGAGCUCUCUGGCCCGUGGGGAAGGUGUCAGAAGUAUACCGUGGAGCUAACACCAGAGUGAGGACAGCCAAAGUUCAGGUGGGAGAAAAGGCUUACACUAGCCCAGUCGCACGCCUUAUACAAUUACCUGCCAUUCCUGAUUAAAGUAAUUGUAAAUUCAACCAAUAAAAUAAGCCUUUUUGUAUAAGUACAUAUUUCCUUAUGGAAAUCUGGGGGCAGCUGUAAAAAAAGGCUAUGGGUUCCUAUUAUUCUGACUCUAUUUAAAUCUCUCCUUCUACAUGUUGAGACAAGUAUAUACACAGACCACUUCACCUGAGCGAAUUAGCGUCCAGAAACCUUGACCACGUGAUUCCCCCCGCCCUCACAGUGACUGAAGAUCAGUGCAACGGGAUACGGGUCGAAGGCUUAAGUUUCUGCAUUAUCAUUGUUUUGUGACUGUUUAAAGAUCGCCUUUUGGACAAAGUGUUGUGCGUGAAUGCAAAAAAAAACCACAGCCACGACCAAACCAUCUGUUGAGUUGUGAC